CUAAAAUUCGAAAUAAUGGGCCUAGAAAUACGUUCCCCCCAAAUUUUAAUAAGCACAGUGUACUAAGCGGGAUUACCAAAAUCCCAUUUCACACAAAUCCUCGACUGGUCCGCCUCAAACAAAAUACAUAAGAGCAUACCCAAAUCAAUCCUAGGGUUUCAAAUCAAAUCGAUUGGAAUGUCGGGCUCUCCUUCAGCCCUCCUAUCUCGACUUACAAUUGAUCUUCCUAUUGAUGCACCUGAAGGAACAACUGUAGAAACUGAUGAAGUAUUGCCGGCUACUGAAUCUUUGAAUAAAGAAUCUGCUUCUAAACGUGCUGAUUAUGUAAAGAUAAGGGUUGAAGAGAAUGCACAAAAGUUGUUUGAUGUGACGGAAAAUCUUUUUAAGUUGUCAACAGAGAGAAGAAAUCUUAUAAUUCAUGGUGCGGAUGUUAGCAUUGAUCUUCUAUCUAAGAGACAGCAGGAUGCAAUUGAUAUGCAAAAUGGGAUUGAUUCCAGCAAUGGGGAUAAUGAUAGCAAUUGCUCUGAAAAUGAUGGAUAUGCCUUUGCUGAAAGUCGUCUUGGAUCUAGCAUUGCUGUCAAGAAUGCUGUAUGUCCCAUUAAACUUCCUGAAGCGAAAAGACUACCUCGAUAUACUACAUGGAUAUUUUUGGAUAGAAAUCAGAGGAUGACCGAUGAUCAAUCAGCGGUUGGUCGUAGAAGAAUUUAUUACGACCAGGACAGCGGAGAAGCUCUAAUUUGCAGUGAUAGCGAGGAAGAGUUACUUGAAGACGAGGAAGAAAAGGAGUUUGUAGAGUCUCAAGAUAUUAUGCUGCGUUCAACUAUCCAACAAGUUGGCUUGCCUGACAGCAUGUUAGAUUUGUUUGGGAAGUGCUUGUCUAGAAAACCCAGUAAAGUCAAGGCAAGAUAUGAAGAUCCUGUUAAGGACAUAAAUGCAUGCUCCUCAAAGAAUGAGAACAUCCAAGGGACUCUAAAUUUAUGUCUUGACAAAGAUCUUGAUGCUGCUCUAGAUUCUUUUGACAACCUAUUUUGUCGUCGAUGCCUUGUUUUUGAUUGUAGAUUACAUGGAUGUUCACAGAAUUUGAUCUUCACGGCUAAAAAGCAAUUGCCAUGGUACCCUCCCGACGUGGAUAAGGAGCCCUGUUGUCCAAAUUGCUAUCGCCUGGCCAUCAAGAAGGAAAGCAAAGCGGGAUCAACCUCCCCUCAGUUGGCUAAUCACGGAGAAAACCCUGUCCAACCAUCUGAAAUUGCUAAUAAUGCUCAGGUGCCUGGUAGGAAGCAUCUAUCAAGGAGAUCAAAGUCUAGCCAAAGCGAAAGUGCUUCAUUGCAUGCAAAGAACAUCUCUGAAAGCAGCGAUUCAGAGAUUAGGCUGUUAAGUGACAUCACUACUGUUCAGGGUUCUGCUUCUCCAUCUAACAGCAAAUCUGAUAGUAGACGGGGGAGCAACAAAACAAAAUGCAAGAGAAUAACUGAAGAUAUUCUAGUUUCCACUAAAAAGCGACAGAAGAAAAUGACGGCUGUGGAGUCUGAAUCUGUAGCUUCUGAAAGUCCAGUGUCUAAAGACUUGAAUCUCCACUCUAAUUCACAUAAGGAUAUCAAAGAUUUUAGUUCAUCUUCACAAAAAACACAACAAUCUCAUAGUGGUAGAAGGUCUAGCAGAAAAGACUCUCCAGUAUUGGGUAGAAAAAAUUCUUUGCAAGUUGAGGGUUUCAAUUGCCAAUAUAAAGAGGCUACCAGUGAAAGUGAUGACACAUUGAGGAAGAAUGAGUUUGUGGAUGAGAAUAAUUCCAAACAAGAAAUAGAUGGUGACAAAUCAUGGAGACCACUUGAAAAGGCUCUCUUUGAAAAAGGUCUGGAAAUUUUUGGUAGGAGCAGCUGUAUGAUUGCUCGAAAUCUGAUGAAUGGUUUGAAAGAUUGUUGGGAGGUGUUCCAGUAUAUGAACAAUUCCGAGAAUAAGCUAUCACGAGUAGGUGAUGCGGUGAAUGGAAUGCUUGAAGGCUCUUUCAAGGGUGAUGGCCAUACAAUCACGGGUAAUCAACCACGGAGAAGAUCUAGAUUCUUACGUAGAGGAGGUAGAGCUUGCCGCUUAAAAUCCACAUCGAAAUCAGCUGGAUAUCACGCACUUAGGAAACGGAUCUCUGACUGGAAAGAUCAGCUUUGUCGUCAGUACAAUCCAUGCAAUUGUCUUGCACCUUGUGGAAAAGAGUGUUCUUGUAUCGUAAAUGGGACCUGCUGUGAAAAAUACUGUGGAUGCCCAAAGAGUUGCAAGAAUCGAUUUCGUGGUUGUCUUUGUGCCAAAGGUCAGUGCAGAAGCAGGCAAUGCCCUUGCUUUGCUGCAGACAGGGAAUGUGAUCCUGAUGUUUGCCGAAAUUGCUGGAUCAGCUGUGGCGAUGGGACUCUCGGUAUUCCUUCACAAAGAGGUGACAAUUAUGAAUGCAUGAACAUGAAGCUUCUUUUGAAACAACAUCAAAGGAUUCUUCUUGGAAGAUCUGAUGUUUCUGGCUGGGGUGCUUUCUUGAAGAAUAGUGUUGAAAAGCACGAAUACCUUGGGGAGUAUACCGGUGAAAUAAUCUCACACCAUGAAGCUGAUAAGCGUGGAAAGAUUUAUGAUCGUGAAAAUUCUUCGUUUCUCUUCAAUUUAAAUGAUCAGUUUGUAAUUGAUGCUUAUGGGAAGGGUGACAAGUUGAAGUUCGCAAACCAUUCUCCUGAUCCAAAUUGCUACGCCAAGGUUAUUAUGACGGCUGGAGAUCACAGAGUUGGUAUAUUUGCCAAAGAAAGAAUUUGUGCAGGAAAGGAACUCUUUUAUGAUUAUCAUUAUACACCUGAAACAGCACCUGCCUGGGCAAGAAAGCCUGAGGCAUCCACUACAAGAAAGCGUUUGGAAGGAUUUGUGUGGUUGCAGCUCCAAAAGUGGCUUUGGUUUUGCUAUAAAGGAACAGAAAGCUUCAUAGUACAAGGUUCUUCAUGGAAGAUCUGAUGUGUCUGGCUGGGGUGCUUUCUUGAAGCAUUACUUCCAGAAUAGUGUUGGAAAGCACGAAUACAUUGGGAAGUAUACGGGUGAAAUAAUCUCACACUAUGAAGCUGAUAAGCGUGUUUUUGCUUGAUAAUUAUCGGAAGGGUGACAAGUUGAAGUUCGCAAACCAUUCUCCUGAUCCAAAUUGCUACACCAAGGUUAUUAUAGUGGCUGGAGAUCACAGAAUUGAUAUAUUUGCCAAAGAAAGAAUUUGUGUUGUAGAGAAACUCUUCUAUGGUUAUCACUAUAGGCCAGAUACACUUACUUUCUUGAAGUGGAUGCCUGAGGCUUUCUUGCCCAGGCAGGUGCUGUUUCUGGUGUAUAGUGAUAAUCAUAAAAGAGUUUCUACGAAGAGUAUUCUGCUCCUUCAGGUGGCCGUGGCAAGAAGCAUACAUAAUGAGUGUAAUCUAAGCGGUUUUGAUUGGCUCGUUCUUUUUCCAACAAGGUAUCAUCUACAUUGACCAUCUGAUUGACCUUGUGAUCCAUUUCGUUGGCGGACAGAACCAUUGCAUCUCCAGGAUAACUUAUUAGAUUAUGUUUGGGUUUUUUUUGACUGGGCUGCUUUCAGAGCCGAGUUUAGUCGUUGAAGCGGGAAAACAAUCUAUAUAUCUAUAUAAUUGCAGGAGAUAGGCCCGGUGAGUUGGCGUUCUCUUAGGCCAGCAUUAUCAUCUAUCUUUUUUCUUAGAAUUUUGCCCUUUUCUCUAAUUUUAAAAUUUACGCUCUCUGUUAAAAAAAACCUAAACAGUCGCUUAUUUUAAAUUUUAACGGAUGUCCCUGAAAAGUUACUUCUUCAGUGUCUUAGCGAUGAUUUGCGGUCUAUGCCGAAACAAAAGGCCUCCACAAAGCGCCUCUCUUCUUCUUUUUUGUUUGGGCUUAAUACUCAUGAAACAAUCAAUCUCCAUGAUCGGGUGCUUAAAGCUGCAACAACUUCCGGUUCUCUCAACUUAUCAAAUUUCCUCUCUCAGGCAGGUCCAUAAUUCUUUCUUUCUUAGUGACAAUUCACAGUAUACUGCCCGGAGAAAAAAACGCCUCUCUUCUUUUUCUUAGUAUGGGCUUAGCACUCAUGAAACAAUCAAUCUCCAUGAUCGGGUGCUUAAAGCUGCGACAACUUCUGCUUUUCUCAACUUAUCAAAUUGCUCUCUCAGAUAAGGUCCCAAUUCUCUUAUUCUUCUCGUGCUGUUUCUUUUUGUCGACAUGAUUCACACAUUUCAUCUUUUUUUCCUAUUAGCAUUAUCUCUGGAAUGAUGAAUUUAGAACAUUUUAAAGCUGCUAAUCAGUUUUGUUUUUUUACUAAUGUUUUGUGAGGACAGGGGAUGGGUGUGUAGUUGACGAUGGUAUCUAGAAUCUAAAGAUCCGCAGAGCUUCUGGAAUUAGUUGUACUCUGAUGAAAUAGUGUUGGUUUUAUGAAUAUCGAAAAUUUCUAUGUUCAACAAAUUCUUUGAACCAAACUGUCAUUCCCUCAUUUUAUUUGGUCCUGCCUUUCUUUUAUUUCUGUUCUAAUUUAGUCUUUUUCCUGAAAUACAAUUUUUAAGUCGAUUUACUGUUCUUAAAACAGUCCAAUUGCUUUCUUGUUUUUUAUGGUACUCCAAUUUGUCAGCCUCUGCUUCAAGAACUUCAUCAAAGCAUUGAUAAACUGUUGUAGUAUUACUUUUUCCGUCUGCUCAUGUGGGUCUCUUGCUUAUAGCUUAUUAUUAUAUGUUGGAACUGAUUCAUGAUUAUAGGUGAUUCAAUGUUGUGUUAUUUUAUUCCAUGCUGAAUGAAAGUGAGAGGACUAUUGAGAUUGAGGAGAACUUAUUAUCAAUCAACGAGCCUAAGGUACCGUAGAAAUUUAUUAUUGCUAGCUGCCAAAUAUUAUUGGCAUGAAUUUUUGUUUGAACAUGCUCUUUUUACUGCCUAAUUUAUUGUGUCUGAGUUGAGUAAGUUGACUUAUAAUUUUACAAAAUCUUAUAUUCUGGUUUCGAAAAGAGUACUACGUUAACCGAGUUGUGAUUUUUAGUGUAAAAGCUUUUCCUUUCUCUCCUAAUUUCAGUUUGGGCAGGAGUAGUUGACUUUUUCCUGUCUACUGGAGAAGUGCUAUAACAGUUCUGGUCUGAUCAUGAUAUACAUUUACAUUAGUUGUGUCCUUUCUUAUUAUGGAGUCUUUUUAAUGGAGGGCAGAACCUGCCUGGCCUGAGUACUGUCCAAGGGUAAGUAUUUGUUAAUUUACCCAUUCAUAUCAUCAAUGGAAUUUCUUAUACUCUAUAGCCUUUCACGUAGCAAUUAAUCUUGAGCAGAAGAUAGUUUCGAUUUUAACAUUCUUUUAGCAACAUGAUGCUCAUAGUUAAUUUAUAAUUUUUCAUGAUAUCGUAAAUGGUUUAGUUUGUGUUGCAGGAUUCCUAAUAACAUCUCGAGUCAUAAUUUUAUAUCUUGUACUUCACUUCUUUUUUGUUUUCAUUCAUUUGGUUAUCUUUUGGGGACAUAGAGAUGUUGUACUCUGAUUUUAAGUUGAGUUCCAAACUAAAUUUUUUGGGCGCUUCUUUGCUGGAGCUCUAAAGAGGGAAUUUUUAAUGAUAAGAAAAUCAAGAUUGUGUAAAUUUGUGUUCUCAAAGAAGACAUGUUAGAAAAUACUUACCUCAAAGAAUAAAUAAUUGACUUUUUAGACAUUGAUAAUAGCCGCUUGAUAGAUCGUUUUGCACUUUGGCAUAGGAUUUUUCUCAAAUGUUUUAUGUAUUGGAGCUUAAAAUUUCCAAUGCCUAGCAAAAUGCAUAUAUUUUAGUUUUAGAGUCAACUCACAAUGAUGAGAGUUAACAUUUAGUCGAUGGUUGUUUUACUUGUAAAGUUUAUGACAAUUAUUUAUUUGUUAGUUCGAUGAGGUUGUGGUCGACUUAUUUCACAGUUCAGCAGAUAUUAUUUUUAUAGUGGUGAAUUUGAGAAUUUCACUGAGAAGAUAACACAGAGAGUGGUUCUGAAAUAGCAACAGAAGUAAAGCUUGAGAAGGAGAAGAUUGCCGGAUGAAGCAGAGCAGAAUAUUGAGGUGCCACCUGAAGAUUGAUCUUAUUUUGCAAGAUCUUCUCUUUUCUCAUUAUUUCUGCUUAUUAUUGAAUAAUUCCUACCUCAAUGUUUUUUCAUUCCUUCCUUUUGUGGUUGGUCUGACAUUAUGUAUGUAUAUCUAUAUAGGCUUAUUGGCUUGAUUUUCUAUGGAAGUUGGAGCUAGAUUUAAUGGUUAGAUGUAGUUUUCAUUAUUGUGUAA